UUUCCCCUCCGUUUGCCUUGUGUUUUGCACUCUGAAAGAAUGUUGUGCCUGCUCUUUUUUCUGGUGACUGCUAUUCAUGCUGAACUGUGUCAACCAGAUGCAGAAAAUGCUUUUAAAGUAAGACUUAGUAUCAGAACAGCUCUGGGAGAUAAAGCAUAUGCCUGGGAUACAAAUGAGGAAUAUCUUUUCAAAGCAAUGGUGGCUUUCUCCAUGAGAAAAGUUCCCAACAGAGAAACAACAGAAAUUUCCCACGUCCUACUUUGCAAUGUAACCCAGCGGGUGUCAUUCUGGUUUGUGGUUACAGAUCCUUCAAAAAAUCACACCCUUCCUGCUGUUGAGAUACAGUCAGCCAUAAGAAUGAAUAGGAACCGGAUCAACAAUGCCUUCUUUUUGAAUGACCAGACCCUGGAAUUUUUAAAAAUUCCUUCCACUCUUGCACCACCAACUGACCCAUCUGUACCCAUCUGGAUUAUUAUAUUCAGUGUGAUAUUUUGCAUCGUCAUAGUGGCAGUCCUGCUCUUGAUUUUGUCAGGAAUCCGGCAACGUAGAAGGAAGAGCAAAGGACCAUCUGAAGUGGAUGACACUGAAGAUAAGUGUGAAAACAUGAUCACAAUUGAGAAUGGCAUCCCCUGCGAUCCUCUGGACAUGAAGGGGGGGCACAUUAAUGAUGCCUUCAUGACAGAGGAUGAGCGGCUUACCCCUCUCUGAAGGGCUGCUGUUUUGCUCCCCCUAGGAACUCAACACUUGUUUCUGUGCAACUGCUGAGCAUUAUAAAUUAUCAAGGGCAGAUCAUCUAUUUUGUUUCACCACUCUUCUUUUCUAAGAAAUUUUGCAUGUGCAUGAAAGUAAAAGGCCGUCAUUUAUACCCAUGAAGACCACUGGAAUCGUAAGCUGUUGACUACUUAAAAUAUUCUAAAAUAUUUCUCUGACAACACAAUGUGUAAAUGUAGUCAUGCGGUGUCUUUAGUUAUUGGUUUAAAAGUGCAUUAGUAUUAAACAUUUCCGGAAAUAUAUAUUUUUUCACACUUUGAAGACCUACGGAGAGAUAUUUUUCCAGUGGAGAAUAUGCAUAAUAUGGUGUAAAAAUCUUUGAAAAUGGAUCCUUUUUGAAUAUUGUUUAUAUCACUCUGUAUAUGACUAAGGAAGAAUAAAAUACAAUGUUUGUAAUGGGAUAUGAAUGAUGAAAGUGGGAGUGUCAGUACACAAGGUGGAAUUUGAUCCUGUUAUCAUACCAAUACUUAACUUAUUCUCUAUCAUUCUCUAAUAAGGCAGCCCUAUUGGUUGACUAUUUCUGCAAUUUGUAAAAGUACAAUCUCCGUGAAUUUAAUAAAA